UGUGGUAACCCUACAGAGAAAUCUUCAUCAUGCCCGUGGAUAUGAUUAAUAACCCUCAUCAUGAGCCAGUGAACGGGGCAAUGAAUAACAACCUGCGUGACAUAAUGGAUGUGACAUACCAUGUUUCUACCUAUGCACUAGAAGACAUACCACCUCCUCCUCUGACCGAUGACCUCAUUAUUGAUGUGAAUAAGGAUGCCCAAGGCCAGCUGCAUAAAAAUAGCGAAGUUGCCAGCAGUCAGUAUGGAGUUAAUAUUUUUAUUGUUGGACUCUUCUUGAUGCUUGCGGUCUAUUUAAAAAUCAUCAGACUGACUGAGAGCAAUCGUCUCACCUUCCUGGUCGUCCUGAUGCUGAUCCAGGUGGUAUGGAUGACAUUUUAUAUCUGUGUCAGCGACAGGAAGAAAUGGGCCUCCACAGAGAAGGAUGGACAUGCUGGGGCCAGAUGGCUAAGAUGUGGCAUAGUCCUGUUUGCAGCGACCACAAUAGUCAUGCACGCUCUGAAGUUAGGCUACUUUGUUGGAUAUUCAGAAUGUUUGCCCAUAAUUGAGGGGAUAUACCCGGUCACCCAUAAUGUUCACACCUUUUUCCAGGUAUAUUUUCUCUGGUGUCAUUCAAAGGAUGUGAUCAAAUCUUUCAAAACACUUGAAAGGUUUGGUUUAAUCCAUUCUGUGUUUACAAACUUACUUCUCUGGGCUAGUGCGGUAGCAACAGAGUCCGAACAUCAACUGGAGGAGCAUAUGGGAAGACUGAGGUCCCUUGGCUUUGUGAACAUCACUUUAAAUAUAGAACACUUAGAAUGUAACUGUACCACAAAUCUGUGUAAGGAGUUUAAAAAAGGAAUUUAUUAUAUAUAUCCAUUCAACAUCGAAUAUCAGAUUUUGGCAUCUGCUAUGCUGUACGUCCUAUGGAAAAAUAUUGGGAACAAGACGGAUUAUUCACAGCAUAAAACAACAUUGAAACUUAAUGGUGUGCUUACUGGUUCUAUCUUAGGACUUAUAGUUUUGGCUGCAACAAUCGGCGUAGUUGUUGCUUACCUCCUGAACAUCGGUCUCUCCAAAACCAACAGUGAAAUGGCUCUAAGUGUUUACUAUUUCUAUUCAAUACCAGUUCUGAGCCUCAUGUGCAUAGGGUCCCUGCUUGGACUAGUCAUGUAUAAAAUUGAAAGAAAACCCGUAGUCAAAGAGAAGAGUCCUUCUGUGAAACUUGAUGCUGACAUGCUUGUAGGUUCUGCCAUUGGCUCUUGGAUUGUCUCAUGGGGUUCUAUCUUGGCCAUAAUAUGUGCAGAAACUAAUCCAGCAUACACAUGGUACAACUUGCCUUACUCUAUUCUGGUAAUAAUCGAAAAAUACAUACAAAACCUUUUCAUAAUCACAUACAUAAAUCGCCGUGGACAGGACGAUUUAAAGGCUACUCAUAUUGACAUACCAAUAGGAAUGGGUCAAAUCUCUGUGCCUGCUGAAAGCACAGAAUUCACUUGGAAAGGACUUGAGGUCAAACAGCACGAUUCUUUGCAACAUAAACAGUCUACAAAUGACAAGAAGCAGAAGCCUCCUGCAAACCUAAAAAUUCAGAACUUUAAGAAAUCGCUGCUAAAGAAUAUAACCGUUCUUUUGUUUCUUUGUAACAUAUCGCUCUGGAUACUGCCAGCCUUUGGUUGUCGCCCGCAGUAUGAUAAUGGACUGGAAGCUACCGUGUUUGGAAUCCUUCCCUGGAUUAUUAUCAUUGAUGUUGCUCUUCCCUUUUCCAUUUUUUAUAGAAUGCAUUCAGCCUAUUCAUUAUUUGAUGUGUACUGUAACAUAUGAACACCCUACAGAAAGAUUCUCAGGAUUCUUUCAGCAGUUUAAGUGACUUCUACAGUUGUGUGGAAAAGUAUUUGCCCCUUCCUGAUUUUUUACUUGCAUAUUUCUCACACUUAAAUGAUUCAGAUCAUCAGACAAAUUUUGAUAUUUCACAAAGAUAACGCAAGUAAAUCCAUGAUGCAGU